AUGUCUCAGAGGAAAGGGGCCAUGGCUGCUGCAGUGACGAGCAGCAAGCACCAUGAGGAUCAGGAGAUGAUGAUGGAGCUCAGGAGAGGCCCCUGGACGCUUGAGGAAGACAACCUCCUCAUGAACUACAUUGCUUGCCACGGCGAGGGCCGCUGGAAUCUCCUCGCCCGCUGCUCCGGGUUGAAGAGGACCGGCAAGAGCUGCCGGCUCAGGUGGCUCAACUACCUCAAGCCGGACAUCAAGCGCGGCAAUCUCACGCCGGAGGAGCAGCUCCUUAUCCUUGAGCUCCAUUCCAAGUGGGGAAACAGGUGGUCGAGGAUCGCGCAGCACCUGCCAGGGCGGACGGACAACGAGAUCAAGAACUACUGGCGGACGCGGGUGCAGAAGCAGGCGCGGCAGCUCCGGGUGGACGCCAACAGCGCCGUCUUCCGCGACGCCGUUCGCUGCUACUGGAUGCCGCGCCUGCUGGAGAAGAUGGCCGCCACGUCGUCCGCGCACCACCACCACGGCGAGCUGCCACCGCCGCCGCCGCUGCACCCCUCGCACGUCGCCUGCAUGGCCUCGUCUUCCUCGCCGAUCCACGGCGGCAGCCAUGAGCAGGACCCGACGACCCACGCGCCGGCGGCGGGCAGCGGCAGCCACGGCGGCCACUACUACCAGCGGUACCCGGUCGACCCGAGCCCGAGCACGUCGACGACGUCCGGGUCAACCUCGGCAGCCGCUCUCCCGCCGGUGCCCUGCUUCUCCGAACUGAGCUGGGUCGACCAGUACGGCUACGGCCCUUACAGUUACACCGCCGACCUCGACGGCGCCGGCGUGUCGUUCGACGACGCGGCCGCGCUGGAGAGCCUCGGUCUGGACGGGCUGGACCUCGGGCCGGCCGACAGCGACGUGUACUCGGACACGACGCUGCUGGACUACCUCAACUCAACGUGCGCCGGCGGCACCAUGAUGACGAUGAUGGGCGGCGGCGGCAGUGUCGGUCACAACAGCUGCGGCGGCGCCAUGGGCGGUGGCGGCGACGCCGACUACGGGCGCCCGUCAUCGUCGUGGCGGACGGACGAGCUCGUCGUCCAGGCGUCGGCGAGGAGGCUCGGUGAUCAUCAACAUCAAUGGGGAGGAGGAAUCUAG